ACCAGGGAAUUUUUUUCUGACUCAAUCUUGUCAAGUUCUUCUGCUGUAGGUGGCCUUAAAUGUAUUCAUUUCAGAUUGGUCCAAAGGUGAAUUUCGCGCCUGAUUAUUUUGACUUCGGUGUUUGGUAUUGCAAUGAACUAAAGUCGCUUCUUGAAGUCAGAAAUCAUGCCGCCUCAAAAACCUUUGACUCAUUUUUUUAAACCUCUUCAAAGUGGAGGUGUGAAGCGUACAUUCUCAGAACUUGUGUCUGGCAAUGAGACAGCUGAAGCCAAGAAUGUUCAAAUUGAAAACAAACCUGUUGGAGAAAAAUCUGUUGAGAAGACUGAAGUAGUCACUCCUGAAAAAAAAGAAAGAAUGGGCACUAACCACUUGUUGGCGAAAAUAAAAUUGCAAGUGAAGAAUACUUGUGCCUUACACCAUAGUAUUGGUCAUUCAUGGUUUCAAGCAAUUGAGCCAGAGUUUAAGAAACCCUACUUUGGUGAACUUAGUAAAUUUCUGGGUUCUGAAAGAUUAAAGUCCACCAUUUUCCCUCCAGAACAUCUUGUGUGGUCUUGGACCCAUUUCUGUGAUAUUCAAAAUAUCAAAGUUGUUAUUAUUGGUCAAGAUCCAUAUCACGGUCCUGGUCAAGCUCAUGGUUUGUGUUUCAGUGUUUUGAAAGGAGUUCCUCCUCCCCCAAGUUUGGUAAACAUCUUUAAAGAGCUGGCUUCAGAUAUUGAUGGUUUUAAUAUUCCUAAACAUGGUAAUCUCACUGGAUGGGCAAAACAAGGUGUGCUCCUUCUUAACGCUGGCUUAACGGUCCGAUCGGGCGCAGCAAAUUCGCACAAAGACAAAGGCUGGGAAACUCUGACGGAUGCCGUGAUCCAGUGGAUUAGCAGUAACUGCCAAGGUGUUAUCUUCCUUCUUUGGGGUGCAUAUGCCCAGAAGAAAGCUUUAGUAGUAGACAAGAAAAAACACCACUUGCUGAAUGCCCCUCAUCCCUCUCCACUAUCUGCUCAUCGCGGAUUCUUAGGAUGUAAACAUUUUUCAAAAUGUAAUGAACUUUUGCUCAAACAAAACAAAACACCAGUUGACUGGUCUAAACUCCCCAUUGAGUGAACAGUCAAACCUCAGGUUAUAACAGUUUUUACAUUCACUCUUGCCUCAAAUGUUUUUCAACCAUGAUAUUCAUGUUUCAAAACGCGAUUCACAAUGCAUCUUAAACCAAGA